AACCAACGGAUUCCUGGAGCUCUGUGCCUUGCACCGGGCUCGGGCAAAGCUGGAAUUGUGGGUUCUCCUAAGGACUGGGUUGCACUUGCUUUACCUAGGGACACGCAGCACUGUAGCAACUUCUCAUUGAUUUUUUUUUGGGGAGGGGGUGAUUGAGCGCGGCUAAAACCCAGACAAGCUUUAACCUGCCGUCCCGCUGGGACCGGGCACAAGCAGGGGACGUCGGGCCGCGUUCUCACUGCUCUCCUCUCCUCUCCUCUCCCCUCGGCAGGUCCUGCUAGCGAGUCAUGAUGGUUGAGUCGGCCUCGGAGACGAUCCGCUCCACGCCCUCGGCGCAGAACGGGGUGAGCAGCCUGAGCAACCAGCCCGAUGGCCCCGGGCCCGGCCCCGGCGGCGGCCGAGACGGAGCUGCCGGGGCCGAGGCCAACGGGGAGAUGAGCCCCGUGGAGCUCCUGCACUUGCAGCAGCAGCAGGCUCUGCAGGUGGCUCGGCAGUUCCUGCUGCAGCAGGCCACGGGGCUCAGCUCCCCCAGCAGCAGCGAGGGCAAGCAGCCAGCGGUGCAGGUCCCCGUGUCCGUGGCCAUGAUGUCCCCGCAGAUGAUCACGCCGCAGCAGAUGCAGCAGAUCCUGUCCCCACCCCAGCUCCAGGCCCUGCUGCAGCAGCAGCAGGCGAUAAUGCUGCAACAGCUGCAGGAAUACUACAAGAAGCAGCAGGAGCAGCUUCACCUGCAGCUGUUGACCCAGCAGCAAGCAGGAAAGCAGCAACCCAAAGAGCUCUCCUGUGCCCCAGCUGUUUGUCCCUCGGACCUGCAGCAGCUCUGGAAGGAGGUCACGGCCGCCCAGCCCGUCGAGGACAGCAUUAAGCAGGAAGGUCUUGACCUCACCACCAACACCUCCAACUCUACCUCGUUUUCGGCCGCCAAGGUCUCGCCUCCCAUCUCCCACCACCCUCUGCCCAAUGGACAGAGCACCAUGCACACGCCCAGAAGGGACAGCUCUUCCCACGAAGAGACCCCUGGCUCCCACCCGCUCUACGGCCACGGCGAGUGCAAGUGGCCCGGCUGCGAAACCCUCUGCGAGGACUUGGGGCAGUUUGUCAAACACCUCAACACAGAACAUGCACUUGAUGACCGAAGCACGGCCCAGUGUCGAGUCCAGAUGCAAGUGGUACAGCAGCUGGAGAUACAGCUGGCCAAGGAGAGCGAGCGUCUCCAGGCAAUGAUGGCCCAUCUCCACAUGAGACCUUCCGAGCCAAAGCCUUUCAGCCAGCCUGUAAGCCUGAACCUGGUCUCCAGUGCCACCCUGUCCAAGAGCACUUCUGACACGUUUCCUGACGGUUUACCUCAUCCCCCCACCUCGGCCACGGCGCCCAUCACCCCCCUGCGGCAGGGCCCCUCCGUCAUCAGCUCUUCCACUUUACACAGCGUGGGGCCCAUCCGCAGGAGGAACUCGGAGAAGUUCUGCACCCCCAUCUCCUCAGAGCUUGCACAGAAUCACGAGUUUUACAAAAACGCCGACGUCCGGCCGCCCUUCACGUACGCCUCGCUCAUCCGGCAGGCCAUCCUGGAGACCCCCGACAGGCAGCUAACGUUGAAUGAAAUCUAUAACUGGUUCACGCGGAUGUUCGCCUACUUCCGGAGGAACACGGCCACCUGGAAGAACGCCGUGCGCCACAACCUGAGCCUGCACAAGUGCUUCGUGCGCGUGGAGAACGUCAAGGGCGCCGUGUGGACCGUGGACGAGCACGAGUACCAAAAGAGAAGGCCACCAAAGAUGACAGGGAGUCCCACCUUAGUCAAAAAUAUGAUUUCAGGACUCGGUUACGGAGCACUUAAUGCAAGUUACCAGGCUGCGCUGGCGGAGAGCAGCUUCCCCCUGCUCAACAGCCCCACCAUGAUCAACACCAGCUCGGCCAGCGCCAUGCUGCACGUGGGCCACGACGACGUCAGCAGCACCGUGGAGCAGGUCAACAGCAACGGCAGCAGCAGCCCCCGCCUGUCCCCACAGCAGUACAGCCACCCCGUGCACGUGAAGGAGGAGCCAGCCGAGGCGGAGGACGAUAGCAGGCCGGUGUCACUGAUGGCCACCACCAACCAGAAUGUGACGAUCCCCGACGACAGGGACCUGGAGGAGGAGCUGCCGGUGGAAGACUUGUCCUAAGGACUCCUUCCUCCUCCCCCCACCGAGGGGCAAACCCGUCCCACCCUCCUGGACGGAGACCCAGCGACGCUCCCGCCUCCCCGAGGUGACCUGGGCGUUGCGUUACCCUGGUUCUUUCAAGGCACUUCCACAAAGCAAAAGGUUUUUUUUCCUUGGGACAAUGACAAUGACAACGACCUGUUGCUGCUGGCGUGUCCCUCACGCUGCCACUGCCCGGGGACGGACUGGCCCCGCCGCCACACGAGGAGCAAAACCCCAAGAGCUGGACUUUUCCUGCCCUCCUCCCUUGGUUAGUGACUGGUGGACGAGGAUGGCAGGUUGGUUGUUGCUGUCCGAAAUGGUCCCUCCUGCAGGGAGCCCCGGGGAGCGAUGGCAGGAGCCUGUGUCACCCCUGUGUCACCCCUGUGUCACCUCUGGCUCCUGGAGCCUGCCCACGUGCAGCUCUUGGGGGAAGGAGCAGCAGGAGCGGGGUGGGCGCUCUGCAGGAUGUGGGGUUUGUCACGGAGCUGGGAUGGGCACGGAGCAGCACGGAGAGGGGACGGUGUCCCCCUGUCACCUCUGCCUGGCGAGCGGCUGGCCCAGCCUCCCUGAGCCCCAGCUGGUGGGGGGCUGCUGGUCCCAGCAGAGCUGACCACCCCAGCAGUGCUGACCAGCCCAAGCAGUGCUGACCAUCAGUGCUGACCACCCCAAGCAGUGCUGACCAUCAGUGCUGACCACCCCAAGCAGUGCUGACCAUCAGUGCUGACCACCCCAAGCAGUGCUGACCAUCAGUGCUGACCACCCCAAGCAGUGCUGACCAUCAGUGCUGACCACCCCAAGCAGUGCUGACCAUCAGUGCUGACCACCCCAAGCAGUGCUGACCAUCAGUGCUGACCACCCCAAGCAGUGCUGACCAUCAGUGCUGACCACCCCAAGCAGUGCUGACCAUCAGUGCUGACCACCCCAAGCAGUGCUGACCAUCAGUGCUGACCACCCCAAGCAGUGCUGACCAUCAGUGCUGACCACCCCAAGCAGUGCUGACCAUCAGUGCUGACCAC